AUGGUACGCCAACAACUCUGCACGGCGCCGUUUCUUCGCCAUCUCUCUCCUGGGUUCCAUCUUUCAUCCCGAGGUCGAACUCGUGCAAUGCGGUACUCUACACACCUUGGAGGGCGUAGAUCAUGCAGGAUCAACACGGUCGGGUUGAUGCGAGAGCGAAACUCAAUCCACUCGGGAGAAGAGAAGAACGUCUGUAGCGCAAUAAGCCAUGACCGCCCAAGGUUCGCAUGUUCGGCGGCUGCAUGCUACGAUAUCAUCUUCUCGCACUCAAAGGGGCACAUUGUGUUGUAUUACUAUGAAGCGUCGUAUCUCAACUUGACCUGCAGCCUUGGGCCAUUGCCGUACCUCGGCAAAGCUCGCUCGGACAUGCCUGCAGCAGACCCUUCUUAUCCGUUGCUUCCCGUUACCUCCAGCUUGGCGGCGGCGAUGCUGUUCAUUGUUCUGGUGACAGGCUUCGUACGGCAGAGCUGGAACCUUGGUGUCGCCUUCCUCUCCUUCUGGCUAUGCCUUCAGUGCCUGGCAACGACCGUGAACACGAUUGUAUGGUCAGACAAUGCCAAUGCGAGACUCUACGUUUACUGCGAUAUCGCAACGCACAUAGAGAUCAUCGCGUCCGUCAUCAAACCAAUGGCCACCCUCAUCAUCGUGCGCCGGCUCUUCUUAAUCAUCGAACUUCAGUCCGUGGAUCUACCUUCAAGAGCAGCAAAAAUUUGGAAUCGCCUUGUGGAGUGGACGUUCGGUUUGGGUAUCCCCGUAAUCGUGGCCGGACCUUUGUACUACGUGAAUCAGGCUGCCCGAUUUCAGGUGAUCGAGGCAUUCGGAUGCCAAAGUGCUGCGGAUGGAUCGGUAUUUGGGACUCUGUCUAUACAGUCCUGGAACAUCAUCGUCCCCCUCUUCACCCUCACUAUAUACUACCCCAAAGUGGCUCGUCUAUUUCUCUGCCAACGUAGAGCUGUCAACGGCUUUCUAUGCAGCAAUGGAUCCAUUUCGCGAGCGAGCUAUAUCCGCGUCAUGAUCCUUGCUAGCAUAGAUAUCUUGCUCACGCUGCCCAUUGGCAUUGUGAACGUUGCUGUGGGAAUACGUUCGCUAGUCUUGCAAGGCCCGUUUCCCUUUUAUCCUGGUUGGAAUGUUGUGCACGACACCUGGAAAGAACCAAUACAAGAGCUCCUCUGGCCAACUGGGCUAGCCUCCUCCCCUUUCACACUCGCUCAGAUUUAUAUCACGCUUUACUCAUCUGUGGUACUCGGAUUCAUCAUCUUUGGGAUCUUCGGUCUAACCGCAGAAGCCCGUGCAGCGUACUGGCGCGGUAUGUGUACGGUGUGUAGCUGGGUUGGAUGGAAAGUCCCGCUGCGGGAAGGAGGCCUGGAUUCACCAUUGGACACGAUGCAAUUCGGCGCACAAACCCAGAGGUCAACGUUGUCGGAUACGGAGAUGGGGAGCAUGUCCGGAGCAAUUCGAACAGAUAGUGGUAUUGCAUCACCGGCUAGAGUAGCUGGUGGCUCGAAGACGACUACCCCAACCAAGAAGUCUGACUCGCGCCCGAGCCAACAGCAGCGUGCUGCUAUGGUUCAACGUUCUGGAUCUACUUAUUAUACUGGCACCGGUACCAACACCGGUCUUAAUACUGGCACUGGCGACGCUCGUACGCCUCGGUCUUCACUGGGUACCUCUGGACAAACAUCUGGCAACACGCCCCCUGGACGUGCAACAACUUCAACCGCAGCACCUCCCGGCCCGGCCGCGGCACGCAUUAUCCGCGCAUGCAAGUUCCUGAAAGAGAACAAAGUCAUGGAGAAUGACGAGGCACGGCUCUCCUCGGGUGCCUUGUCGGCUGCGCUGAGGCGCUUCGCAGAGCUACCAGGCCGCACCACUAAGGAGCUCAUGUGCAAACUGGCGGCAUCUGUGGCUGACUUGAUCGACAUUCUGGCGGCCGAUCACCAGGAUGCCAUCCUCAAUCUCCUCGUUGAACAGGAACAACGCAUUGAGACGGUCUACAAGGAAGGUAUCGGGCGGCUCGAGGACUGCUUUGAUGAUCUGCAGGGGAAGGUUACUGGCGAAGCUCCCACUCCCCGACAGAAAGCCCCCCUCUCUGAAGGCGCUACUGAGGCUCUGUACGGCACCUAUGGCAACGUACCCAACACUCGAGAACUCAGUGCUAGGAACGCGGAGUACAUCCGUGACAGUCAGGUACUAUUCAAACCGCAUCUUACACCCCCGCCCGAGAACAUCGAGGCAGUUCCUACUAGCGGGCCGGAUGUUGUCAUCGCGGAUCGCUUCCGCGAGGCUGUCCGAGAGGGCGACCUAGAGAAGAGGGCGGGCUGCGCCCUCCUCCCUCUACGCGCACGCCGCCUCAACUUUGAUAUCCUGGUGGAUUUCCCGUCACCGGCAGCAGCGAGGUGGAUCAAGUCGGCCGAAGGGAGCGAGGCGCUCGAACACCAUUUGCGCUAUCACAUGAGUGCCGUCGGGCGGAAAUACAAGGUUGUCGCACACAUUGUACCGACAACGUUCGCGGCUGGCGAAGCUGAGGCACUACGCGAAAUUGAAGCACUCAACGAGCUCCCAGCUGGUUGCAUCGAGCUUGCGCAGUGGAUCAAGCCGGAGCGUCUUCGCGAUCCCGACCAGCGCCACGCGAAUGUGAUGCUUACGCUCACCGAGCCGCAAGCCGCCAAUUGCACCAUCCUCGCCGGCAUCACAGUCUGCGGCCACUGGUCCCAGUGUUGGCGGCAGAAGUACGAACCGCCACGCUGCGCGAAAUGUCAAGUUCCCGGUCACGUCGUGAAGACAUGCCGUCAAAGUCGAGACACUUGUGGCAUCUGCGGCGAACCCCACCGCACGAACGGUUGUCCGCGCGAUGGCAAGAAGUUCUGCGUCUCGUGCAAGUCUACGGCGCACUCCAGUCGCGACCGCUCCUGCCCCUCGUUCCUGCGGCGGUGCGCUAUCUAUGACGGGCGCCACCCAGAGAACUGCCGCGUUUUCUUCCCCACGGAGGAGGCCUGGACUCUGGAAGCCAUGGUCGAACCGGGCACGCCAUUCAGCUCUUACCGCAUGCCGCGUAGCCACCGCCCGUACCCCACUCUCUACCAGAAGACCACCCUCGGUGAGGUGAAACUUACUCCCGCUCGCGGGGCCGGCAAUCAAGCAGAGCGUCGCAAAUCUGUUAGUGCGAGCCUCGAGGUAGCCCUGGACCAACAGCAGGAGGCCCCGGAUGUGACGACACCGCCUGCCACUCCCCCUCAGAACCUCAAUAAGAAUGCGAUCGCACAACAGACACUGCUGAACAGGAAUCCUCAUCAACAAUACGACCUCGUCUUCAUCCAGGAGCCCUGCAUCGACGCGCGUGGCCUCACUCGCGCCACAAACGACUUCCGCAUCGAAUAUCCGCAUGGCUAUGCUUUCGACCCUGACAACCCCGCCCACGCUGUAACACUUGUCAACACGGAGAUCUCCUCCGACUCGUGCGAAACGCUCCCGUUCCCGAGUCGCGACGUCUCGGUCAUACAGCUCAAGGGCGAAUUCGGACGCGUCACUAUCUUCAAUAUCUAUAACAGCUGCACCGACUCUGACACCAUGCACCAACUUCGUACCUUCAUCCAUGACCACCACGACCAUAUACUGCCUGACGACCGCUCGUACAUGAUCUGGCUUGGCGACUUCAACCGACACCACCGCUUCUGGGAUGACCACGCACACACACAACUGUUCAGCAAGCGAGCGACGCGCGAUGCGGAGAUCUUGCUCACUCUGGCCUCGGAUCAUGACAUGUCUAUGGCUCUCCCGGCAGGUAUACCCACGCUACAGCUCAAUCGCACGAAGCAGUGGCAUAGGACCGAUAACGUUUGGUGCUCAUCUGCUCUACUCGACGCCGUCACCGCUUGCGACACAGACCCUGGAAAUCGUGGACCUCACACUGAUCAUGUACCCAUCUGCACCACUCUGGACAUACCGGUGGAAAUCCGGCGACCUGCACCCUCACGUAACAUCCGUCUCACGAACUGGGAAGCUUUCCGCGAAUUCCUGACGACGCGGCUCGACGAACUGCCUGAUCCGGAGGAUAUCACGACACAAGAACAGCUGGAUACCAUCAUCGACGCUCUGACUAAGGCAAUACAAGAAUCUGUGACUGAGAGGGUGCCGCUCAACAAGGAUCGCCCACAUUGUAAGGCAUGGUGGACAAGCGAGCUCACGGCCAUGCGCAAACGGUACUACAUGGCUGACCGCGAAGCUUACCGGUGGCGCGGAACGCCGGGUCACCCGGCUCAUCUUGAGCGACGGCUCCUCCACAAAGAGUAUGCGCGGGCUAUCAGGUUCGCUAAGAAAUGUCACUGGGAAAGCUGGCUGGAUGCGGUCUGCGAAGAAGACGUCUGGAAAGCGAACAAGUUUGCCGGCUCGAAGGGCUCUGACGGUGGGACCACCACCAUCCCGACGUUGGUCCGAAAGGACGAAGCUGGCAAUGUUACAGCCUCCGCCUCGACUAAUGAUGUCAAAAGCGAAUGGCUGGCGCAGUCUUUCUUCCCUGAACCGCCCGACGACGCCAAUCUACCACCCGAUCCCGUAUACCCCAAGCCUGUCGCAGAGUUCACUCCGCUUGACGAGGAGACGGUGUUACGACACUUAGCCCGUCUUAGCCCCUUCAAGGCACCGGGCCCUGAUGGCAUCCACAACGCGGUUCUCAUGAAGUGCGCUGACCUGCUCGCACCACACUUAGUCCGCAUCUACAAUGCGAUCCUCCGGCACGACCUAUACUACGACCCCUGGCGCGAAUUCUCCACCAUAGUCCUCCGUAAACCCGGCAAACCGAGCUACGCCGUCACCAAGGCUUACCGCCCCAUCGCCCUGUUGAACACCAUGGCCAAGGUUCUCACCGCUAUCGUGACGGAGCGGCUGACCUACCUAUGCGAGGACUUCGAUCUUCUCCCCCACACUCAGUUUGGUGGCCGCCCAGGCCGUGCGACCACAGAUUCCAUGCACUACCUCUCGGACAUAAUCUCGACGGCGUGGUCUCAAGGGAAGGUCGUCUCGGUACUCUUCUUGGACAUUGAAGGGGCAUUUCCCAAUGCGGUCCCGGAAGUACUGAUCCACGACUUGCGCUCCCGCGGCGUCCCGACCUAUAUGGUGGACUUUGUUUCACGCUUACUGGCCAGCCGGCAGACACAGCUUAAGUUUGAUGGAUAUGAAUCCGAACCCUUCGCCGUUCGGAAUGGCAUUCCUCAGGGUGACCCGAUGUCGCUGGUGCUCUACCUCUUCUAUGGGGCGGGUCUGCUGCAGAUCCCGAUGGAUGCCAACGAACGCGCGCUAGGUUUUGUUGAUGACACGGCACUUGUCGCCAUCGGCGAUGACUUUACGCUCACGCAUAGGAAGUUACGCCACAUGUACCUCCGCCCGAACGGCGCGAAGGACUGGGCGACCGCGCACUUCUCCAAGUUCGAACCGAGCAAGUUCAAGUUAAUGGACUUCUCACGAGCGCCAACUCCGCCCGACGGCCAGCCCUCAGAUCCACCCCGCGCGAAGCGCAAGCGCAAUGUUCCAGGAACACCAACCCAGCACAAACGGCCUCCACCGCGACGCCUGGCUCGCCCGCCGCUGCAGAUGGGCGGCCUGACGAUUAAACCCGUGCAUUCUCACCGUUUUCUAGGGGUUAUAUGGGACGACCGCCUGUCCUGGUCGGAACACGCCAAGGACGCGACGGCUAAAGGUCGCGACUAUGCCCUUCAGGUGCGCCGCCUUGCCCGUAUGAGCUAUGGUAUCCGGCCAAAAUAUGUCCGCCGCAUAUACAUCGGGGUGGUCAUACCCAAGAUGUUGUACGCGGUUGACGUGUGGGGCUUACCUAUCCCGAUCGAUAUCCCCUGCGCCGACCCGUGGCUCGCGCGGCGACGGGGGUCUGCUAGCGUUAUGGCGAAGCUUUGCUCGGUUCAGCGUAUUGCUGCACUUACCAUCACAGGCGGAAUGCGCUCAUCGCCAAACGACCUCCUCGAUAUCUGCGCCAACCUGCUCCCCAUGCGCCUCCUUGUCGCGAAGUUGUGCUUCCGAGCACUAUCCCGCAUCUCGACUACCCCCGUCAAUCACCCACUGCACCUAGUGGCGCGACGCAAUGCGGCAGUUUUCCCGACCACACAUCGCAGCCCAUUACAGUAUCUCUACCAUCUCUUCCCGGAAUUAGCGCCGGAUCGCCUCGAAGACAUCAUCCCCAUGCGAUACAACCCGGCUCAUAUGGCUACUCCAUACGGGACACACAUUGCCGACACGCGAGAGGACUCGCACCUACAGGAUCAAGAGAUGGAUUCGGUCAUCAGGGUGUACACGGAUGGGUCGGGGUAUGAAGGAUACGCAGGGGCGGCGGCGGUGUUGGUGCGAACUGAUGGUGUACACACCGAGCGGCGCGUUCUUCGCUACUGCUUGGGUCCUCUCACUGAACACACCGUAUACGAAGCGGAAUCGGCAGGUAUCAUCCUUGGGGCACACUUGCUGCUCACGGAGGACGCGGCGACGGCUUCGCGACCGUCGAGCAUCAGCCUUGACAACCAGGCCGUCAUCCGUGCAACUAAACACUUGCACAAGGCUCAGCCCGGCCAUUCCCUCCUUGAUCGCUUCCGAGACCUCGCUUACCAUCUCUUUCAGAUCCGCCACAACCCGUUCUCGCUAGGGAUCUAUUGGAUAUCGGGGCAUGACGAUGCGGAGCUCAACGAGUUUGUCGACGGGCAAGCGAAACUCGCCGCGGAGGGCGAUGUAAGCCCGUCGAACGAACUACCCGCUUGUCUCCGUGCGGCGCCGCGAUUAAGCCUCUCGGCCACCCGUCAGGAAUACGCUGCACGCCUCAAGGCCCGUUGGCAGGAGGACUGGCAGUUAUCGCCGCGAUAUACGCGCCACCGCCGCUGGGCGCCCGACGCGUCAUCAAAGCGCCACAUCGAAAUCACGUCCGGCUUAUCGCGCAGAGAGAGCACACUACUCUUCCAGCUGCGUUCCGGGCAUGCACCGCUCAAUGCACACCUCCAUCGCAUCAAUUGUGUCGCUUCGCCACUCUGCGACGCCUGCGAAGAGGCCGACGAGACAGUUUCUCACUUUAUCUACGACUGCCCAGCACGGCAAGGCGAACGGCGGCGGCUGAAGGCGGCCGCGGGCAAGAAGUGGCGCAGCCACGCUUUCCUCAUGACGGAUGCGAAGGGAGUCAAGGCGCUUAUGGCGUAUGUACGCGAGACGGGUCGGAUAAGAGGGAAACGGGACGAUGGUGGAAGCCGACCGGAGGAUGGCAUGGCGGAGGAACGAGGGGACGGGGUUAGGAAUGGGAGCGAGGACGGUAUGGAGGAGGAAGAGGAUGAAGAUGGGGCAGGGGGAGGUGGCGAGGAUGGGGAUGGCGAGGAGUUUGAUGAGGGGGUGGUCACGGAGAUGGACAGGUUUCUAAGGUGGUUCGGGAUGAUGACGGAGACGGAGAGGGAGAGGAAGAGGAUGGAGGAGGAACGAGACUCGGCGUAG